AUGGGUUCUAUAUCAGUUCUCUUCUUACUAUCCAUGUUUCUACUUGCCUUUGAUGUAAAAGCCCAACUACAACGAAACCAUUCCGGCAAUGUGAUACCAUUAGGUUCUUGGCUUUCCCCUAUUGCUAACCGUACUUCUUGGCUCUCACCUUCUGGCCUUUUUGCUUUUGGUUUCUACCCACAAGGUGGAGGCUUCGUUAUUGGAAUAUGGUUGCAUACUCAACCAAAUAACACUAUUGUCUGGACUGCAUAUCCAGAUAACCUUACUGUCUCCUCAAAUGCUAUAUUGAACUUUACAAGUGAUGGUAAGCUGCUCCUUCGCACAGAGCAAGGUGAAGAAAAUUCCAUGACUGGCUUUCUAGAAGUUAUCCCAGAAGAACCUGCAGUUUCAGCUUCUAUGCAUAAUUCUGGUAAUUUUGUGCUCUACGAUAACUCUUCCAGAGUUAUUUGGCAAAGUUUUGAUAACCCAACAGACACCAUAUUAGGAGUGAACGGAACAAUGGAAACCUUUGAUUCAGAAAAUGCCUACUGGUCCUUGGAUACUUUUUAUGGCUCUUCUGUAAUUCUCCGUCUUAAUCAAAGGGGUCUUCUACGCUUAACCAAAGAGAGUUCCACCUUAAUCAUUUUGGUGAAUAAUUCUUACCCUGGCAUGAAAGAAACCAGUAUUAUCUAUCGUGCGAUACUUGAUUCUGAUGGAAUUUUUAAGUUGUACUCUCACCACUUUGACUUUGGGGGCAAUAGUAAUACUAGCUCCAAGGUGUCCUUGGAAUGGUCAUCUUUGCGUGAUCAAUGUGAAGUCAAAGGUUUUUGUGGCUUCAACAGUUACUGCAUAGGCAUUGGCUCCAAAGCUGAAUGUCAAUGUUAUUCUGGGUUUCAUUUCAUGAACCCCAAAAAUAAGUUGUUGGGCUGUUACAGCAACUUCAAUGAAGAUGGUUGCAGCAAAGGUCCAAUGAUACCCUACGACAUUAUUGCAUUACGGAAUAUAUCUUGGGGUGAUUUUCCUUAUUCAGUGUUACUUACAAAGCAGGAAAACUGUUACAAGUCUUGCCUUGGAGAUUGUAAUUGUAACGCUGCAUUUUACAUGAAUGGUACUUGCAAUAAAUAUAAGCUUCCACUUAAGUAUGGUAGAAGUCAUAAUUUAUCAUCUAUAGCUUUCUUUAAGGUGAUUCGGAGAAAUGAUAAAAUUUCAGACCAUCAACCUCCAAUUCCAGAAAUCUUGAUGGAUAGCAAAAAAAUGAUGAUUUUGAUUCUUUCCCUAACUUUGGGUUCCAUUGCAUUGAUGUGUUCUGUAAUUGCAAUAUCUUGUUUCUUCAUGUAUAGGCAUCAAGUUCAUAGGUACAGAAAGCUGUCGCCAGAAAAUGUGAAUGUAGAAAUUGCUGAAAAUUUUACAUUGCGUUCAUUUUCUUACAAUGAGCUUGAGAACGCAACAGAUGGGUUCAAGGAAGCAUUAAGUAAGGGUUCUUUUGGAUCAGUUUAUAAAGGGUAUGUAUCUGAAGCUAAUAAAACUAUUGCUGUUAAGAGACUGGAGAAAUUUGUGGAAGAAGGGGAGAGGGAGUUUCGAGCUGAAAUGACUGUCAUUGGACGAACUCAUCAUAGAAACAUAGUUCAGUUGCUUGGUUUCUGUAUUGAGGGAUCUAGGAAGCUUCUUGUUUAUGAAUAUAUGUGCAAUGGUUCACUUGAAGAUCUUCUCUUCAAGGCUACGAAGCGCCCCCUUUGGAAGGAAAGGGUGAGAAUCGCACUAGAAGUGGCUAGAGGGGUCUUCUAUCUACAUCAAGAGUGUGAAGUCCAUAUCAUCCAUUGCAAUCUAAAACCCCGAAAUAUACUAAUGGAUGAUACUUGGACUGCAAAGAUCUCAGAUUUUGGAUUGGCGAGGCUAUCAGUGCCGAAUCAAAUGAGGAUUGUGAUGGGCAUUGAAGGGACAAGUGAGUACUCUGCACCUGAAUGGCAGAAAAAUGCUCUGAUAUCAGUAAAAGCUGACAUUUACAGUUUUGGCGUGUUGCUGUUGGAGAUUGUAUGUUGUAGACGCAGCAUAGAAGUGAAUGUUUUAGCAGCAGAUGAGAUACUUAUUUCUGACUGGAUAUAUAAUUGCCUUGUGGCUGGACAGUUGGAUAAUCUUCUGGAAGAUGAAAAUGUAGACGUGAAGACACUAGAAAGAAUGGUGAAGGUCGGCUUGUGGUGCAUCCAAGAUGAUCCAGCUUUACGUCCUCCAAUGAAGAAUGUAAUCUUGAUGUUGGAGGGGACAAUGAGUAUAGCAAUCCCUCCAUCUCCAGCUAUUUCUCAUUCUUGAUAUGUCUACCCUAAAUUUGCAAUCAUAUGCAUAUUUGUUAAGCUUA